UGAGUGAUGUGAUGACUCAACUAAAAUCAAAAUGUCUGCCGAAGAGGGUGAAGAAAUUUGCGAACAUUAUGUUAGAAAAUGUGGCUUAGUGAGCCCAUGUUGUAACAAAGUGUAUCCUUGCCGUUUAUGCCAUGAUAAAAAAGAAAGCCACAAAUUGAUCCGUACCGAUGUUAAAUUUAUUGAAUGUUUGCAGUGUGGUUGCAAGCAAAAGGUGUCUCCCAAAUGCAAGAAUUGUUUAAUAAUAUUUGGAAAAUAUUACUGCGGCAUUUGCCGUUUAUUUGAUGACAGAGAAAAAGGCCAGUUUCAUUGUGAUGGCUGUGGAAUUUGUAGAGUUGGUGGACGUGAUAAUUACUUUCACUGUGACAAAUGUGAUUUGUGUUUACGUAAAUCUAUUCUUGAUUCUCACAAGUGUUUAGAAAAGAGUUCUAGAAACAACUGUGCAAUUUGCUUGGAGGAUAUACACACCUCAACGAUUGCAGCUCAAGUUCCUAAAUGUGGUCAUCUUAUCCACUCGACCUGUUUCAGUGACCUUCUCCAGUCAGGAGGGUACACAUGCCCAACAUGCAAUGUAUCCUUGGUGGAUAUGUCUUCGUCUUGGAGGAGGUUAGACUCGACGAUAGAACAAACUCCAAUGCCCCAGGAAUACGCAAAUAUAGAUGUGAGGAUUCUCUGUCGGGACUGCCACAAGCAUUCCAUAGUGAAGUUUCACAUUAUUGCUCUGAAAUGUGGUGAAUGUGGUUCUUACAACACCAGUCGUGAUGACGAUGGCAAUGUUCCUAUCAAUCCAGCAGUAGCAGCAGUUGUCGUUGAUCAGGCCCAGGAUGUUUUAGACAUGAACGAGGAAGACAAUGAAGACAGCAGCGAUGGGGAUAACUCGGUAUCAGAAGGGACAGAUGAGAACGUGAUGGAUAAUUCUGAUAAUGCUUCUGUUAGAUCUGAUUUGUCCUUAGAUUAAGCGAAGAUACUCCACGA